AUGGCGCCACGUAAGAAGACUGAAGAAAAGGCCUCGGCCAAUGAAGCAGCAGACAUGGUGCUACUCUACCUGCGCAAGCAGAACCGUCCGUACUCGGCCAUCGACGUCUCAGCCAACCUGCAUAACAAAGUGACCAAAGCUUCCGCAGCCAAGAUUCUCAAAGAUUUACACGAGCAAAAGUUGAUUGAGGGAAGGACAGCAGGGAAGCAGAUCGUAUAUCAUGCUCUACAGGACGCAGCAGACACAUGUACAACGGAACGACUUGCAACCCUCGACGCUGAAAUAGCCAAUCUACGUACGCAAACGGCAGCACUGAAUGCUACGGCCAAAAAUCUGCGGUAUACGCUUGCAUCUGUGACGUCGACGUUGAGUACGGCGGACUUGAUCGCCAACAUGGAUUUGCUGGAGAAGGAAAAGGCGGAGAUUGAAGAGAGGCUGGAUGGGUUGAGGAAGGGGAAGGCGAGGAUUGUCACACCAGCAGAACGUCAAGCGAUUGGGCAGGCGUGGAAGAAGAGUGUGAGGACGGUUAAGAAUCGAGAGAAGAUUGCGCGUGAGAUGUGGAAGAUUAUUGCGGAUAAUUUGCCGGAUGACGAGGCGAGGGAGGAGCAUAGGGAGAUGUUUGAUCUGGACGGGUAG